CAUUCACUCAUCUCACUUCACUUCUGUCAAAUUUACGAACGCGUUAUGCGCGUCGGUCCGCGCUCGAUUAAUUAAUUAUCCUCAUAAAAGAAAAUACAAACCAGCGUCUUGUUCUCAGUUUUAUUUGUAUUUUAUUUUCAUGUGUAAGUUUGAGGCUGCGUGAAUUCCGAAUUUGGUGUUGAAACAUUGCGUGAGGUGAUUCUGCAGUGUGAUCGGGGAUUGUUUUCAUUGUGAAGAGUUGAAGUCUUAUUGGAUAUAAUGCCGACGAGUGCGGUGUACCAGCCGACGACGGUGACGUACGAGCAGCAGCCGAACGACCAGCGAUGGAACUGCCCCAUCAGCUACUUCUCGCGACGGGUGACAAGUAGCCUGAACAGGGCAGUAUGUGUGCGACUUGGUCUGUGUUUGCUGGGAAGCACGCUUUUCAUUAUUGGACUGGCGCUGGUGAUAGCGGGCGGCGUGCAGUACUCGAACACGCCAGCGUCGGCGACGCCGGACGUUGACAGCGGCGUCGGAACGCUCAUCGCGGGCGGCGUUAUCCUCUGCCUCGGCCUACUCUUCGCCGGUGUCGGCGGCUGGGCCUGGUCAGCGAGAUGGGGCGGCGGCAAGGAGAUGCCAUCAAGCGGUGCAGCCGGACUGACCGCUCUCAACCCGUCCACUGACCCGCUGGUGGCCGAGCAGUACGCGCCCGUGCGCGAUGCGCCGCCUGCGCCGGACGACGAGAUGCGCAAUCUCAUGGACAACAAGGACUGCUUAAGCAGCGCAGAGGAGAGCGACAAAAUGUUGGACGGACGCCCCUCUAUCGCGUAAAGCCACGCCAAGCCGCCCCCGCCGAAGCUACCCUGCGAACUCUUAGGGCGCUCCUGAGUUACAAUUUUGUCCCCCUUGCAUAAAAUCGAGUGGUAUUAUUGAUACAUUACAUUUAGACUUCUUUGAUGUAGGCUACAUUAUGAGUAGAUUCAUAAGAAAAAUAUUUUACAAAGAUGACAGAAUAUAGUGUCUCUUAGUAAUGCCACUCGAGAAAUUGUGACCAUUGUAUGAUGUGCAUUUCGAGGUACAAAGUGUUGAUUGAUUAUCCAACAGAGAUAAAAUGUUAAAUGUGUGCUUGUUUGUGUGAUAGUAUUGUUUUAAGCACUUACGUUUGUUCUACUUAUCCACUAUGAAGAUAUAGGUAUGUACUAGAAAUCAGUUAACAACGAUGUAGGUACAAUGGUAGAAGCGUUGAUAGUUUUGCAUCCCAUGUUGGGCUAAAUCUUUAGUACCUAUCAAUAAAUUUAGCCAGUCCAAGUGUUGUGCCGAAGGCAAAUUUAUAAUUACGAUCGUAUCUCGAAAAUUCGCCUUUAAAUUACUUCUAUGCAUUUAAUUAAUCAAGUUGUAAGUAAUUACUGUAAGCCAAGUUAGUCGAAACACGUUUUGGUAAGGAUUGUCUUAAUUAAUACGAAUAAUUAGUGAAAGACAAGUGGCCAAAUUAACGUCCAGAUUAAUGUAUAGAUAUAGACAUCUAUAUUUACUACCUAUUUAUUGAAUCUUAAAAAGACAUUGUCUUGAAAUGAUCUGCUUAUUUAGAAUUGCAGCUUAUAAAUGAAAUAUGUAUUAAUCGACUUCAAAAUCUAAUUUUCUAUCUCAUAUACGAAAUUAAUAACAUAGGUGUAGCGUGUAUAUCAAUCUGUUCAAGAUUUAAUUAUUUAUAUAUUUUUUUAUUUCAUUUCUCGUCUCGAAUAUUGAAAUGAUUUGUAUUAGGUUAGGGCCGUCCUGUGUAGAUUGUAAGCGCAAAUUGCUGGUUUAACAUGGUCGUGUUUAGAGGUUGUUUUGUGUUGUAUAGGAGUUAGUUUAAUUUAUAUGAAACUGAUAUUAUGUUAAGCUCUCUUGAAAAUCAUUCUUAGUUUUUGAAUAUUUAGACAUAAAGAAACUAAUGUACAAGUAUAAACUUCUCAGAAACAGUUGCAAUUUUUAUAAAUCGUGUAAAUAUAUGUGGAGAAAUAAUUAUAGAAAAAUUACUUAUAUGUAAAAUGUAAGUUCACACUUAACUCUUAUGUACUUUAAAUUUUAAAUAAUCAUUAUAUUAUAAUUCACCUAUAACUGCAGUGAAUUUCGUUUAAUAAAGUAUUUGGAUAUUUUUAUUUACAAAAAAUAUGUACAUCUGAAGUACCUACCUACAUAAUUUAUAUUUUUCGUUUUUGCAUGUACUUAAUUUUGAUGAUUUUAUAGAUGUUCUCUGAUGAUACUUGAAUAUAUCUCAUAUUCUUAAUUA